CGUCUAUUCAAGAACAAUAAUCAUAUGUUUUUUGUUUAAUUUCCAAGUAUAUUGAAAUAUUGAACAAUGGGCCAUUAGUUUUCCAAAAAUACACGUAGAUACUCAGCUGCACAAUUUCACAAUUUCAAUAAUUUGACAAAGCUUCUCAGCGAGAAGUGUUUUAUCUUAAGUAAAACAACAACAACAACGAAAAAUGCCAAAUCAUAUUGAUAAUAUAAUUAUCCAAGUUCGAGCCCGACUCCAGGAACAACAAAUAAAACUAUGGCUUGGACCGUACUACUAUGAAGACAUCGGAGUUGUGGAAUCUGAGUUAGAGAAACUUGCUGAAGAAUUCAGUAGAAACCUUGGAGUUUCGGUUUCAAAUUGUAAAUCAGCCUUGAGUGAGCUGCAAGACGGAGCUCUACGAAAACUGGCAUCACGUAAGGAGUUCGAGGAAACUGGCUUGGCCACAUUCAGUGUCCGUCGUGUGAACAACACCGAAGGCACUGAGAACGUUUUCGAAGUCAAAUGUUCCCUCUCAGAUCUUGGUGAGGAGCUUCAGAGGAAAAUUGCCGAAAAAAUACAAGUCAAUGAUCCUGCACGCAUUAAAAUUAUAUCCGCAGGCAAAAUUGUCAAUCCUAAAGUUAUCCUCGAAGUCCAAGGAAUAAAAAAUAAUCAGCAACUAAUGACAAUCAUAAGUGGAGUGGAGAAAGGCGCUCUCAACUCUCAAGAAGCAAUGUACGAUCGUAUAAGAAAAAUCAAAGAAGACGUCGAGGCCAUUGUGAACUCUGGAAAUCGUUUAUUUGAGAUGGAAGAUCAAGAUGGAAAUCCAGUUUUUCUUCCACCAGACGAAAACAAAGCUCUUCUCAUGGCCAUGGGUUAUUGCGAGAAGGCUCGGGCAGCUGUAAAGCGCAAUCAAUAUGAUGAAGCUCUCAUCUUACUCCUCGAGGCUGACGAAAAGUUCACCACAUGCAAUUCCAGUUUCCUAGAAUCAGUCGAUAAUUAUGCUCUUGUUAAUUUGGAUAUUGUUUGGUGUUAUCUUUGUCUCAAGAAUCUUACUCAACUGCCAGAUGCCCAACGUCGUUUGGAAAUCUGUGAGAAGAGCUUCCAUCGCAGCUACGGCAAGGAUCUAAGUCGUUUGAUUAAUCUCAAAGGUGAUUCGUGUCCAGAGAGGGCUCUUAUAAUGCGUCUGCAUUUGCUACAGGGUGUUUUGUUGUUCCAUCAAAAUCGACGCAAUGAAGCCUACGAGAAACUCGAUCUUGCUCAAUCAGAACUCAAAAAAUUAAAAGUUGACGAUAGCAGCGUAGAGCAAUUAGUUGAGAUGGGCUUCGAUCCAGUCGAGGCGAGGACAGGUUUACGAGCUUGUAAAGGAGAUCUCAGCCAAGCCAUUAAUUUUAUAUACGAUCGAAAGAAUAAAAUCGCUGAAGCUCGCAAAAAGUCUAAAAAAGAGCGAAAAAUAAAUGAAAAACUCGGUGAGUCGAGGAAUUCAGGGGGAACUGAAACUGAAAGUUGGGUAAAUCCACGAAGUGUGUGUUCAUUGGUUGAGAUGGGGUUUGAACAAGAGUUAGUUGUGGUGGCAUUGAAAAUGGCCGAUAAUGAUCUUACAAAGGCUUUGGACAUGUUGCAAACCAAUUCUGAGGCAUUAGUUAGAGACUUGCCCGCCACUCCUCAAUCAAUCGAUGAAACAUUGUUCAAUGAACUUAAAAACAUGGGUUUUGACGAACAAACAGUUCGAUUAGCUCUCGAGUCUACAACAAAUAAUCCCGAAAAAGCAAUAGAUUUCCUUUUGAAAACAUUUAAAAAUCAAAGUGAUCUAAGUAAUACAAUAGAGCAGUUAGUCAGAACUUACACAGGAGGAGCAUCUACUUCAACAGGAGGAGCUGUAAGCGAUGAUUCAACAGUUAUGGGAAAGUUUUUGAAGAGAGCUCAAAAAGAAAUCGAUUCGAUGAGUGCGUAUAAUCGUUUCAAUGAAGAUAUAUCUGCCAAUGAAAAUGAAUAUUUGGAUUUGUCCUUGAUACAAGAGGAGCAAAUUCUUGCCGAAUAUAAACUUUUUUUAGAGCAGUAAAAGAUUUGUUUUAUAUAAAUGUGCAUGAAAAUGUGCUUAACAUUUUUACUUCUUAUUUUUGUUGCGUUAAGAAAUAAAAUAUAUUUUUAUAAUUUGAAA